AACUUCUACCACAGUCAUAUGGUUUAAUUCAUUCUUCAAUUUCGUGCUAUCAUUGAACAUUCUUUGUCGAAAUUCCUCAAGAAGAUCAAAAAAAAAAUUUUUUUUAAAUAUUCAGGGCAUGAGAAGCUCUGUGUUAAUUAUCUUCUUCGUCGUCGCUCUUCCCGCCAUCGCCGCCCAACUGCCGUUGUACAACUGCACCGGAGGCACGUUUGACUCGGCGGCCAGCGGCGGUUUCGGCGGAAGCCUCAGCGCGCUCUUCUCCUCACUCUCUUCCACCUCCUCCGCCUCCAACGCCGCGAAUGACACUGCCGGCGCCGGCACGGACGCCGCCUACGGCCUGUAUAUGUGCCAGGGCGACCUCUUCGGCUCCGACUGCCAGAGCUGCGUCCGGAUGGCGAUCGCCGAAAUUAACCGGUCCUGCGCCGGCUUCCGGAGGGGAGUCAUCUGGUACGACCAGUGCUUGCUCCGCUACUCCGACCUCGACUUCUUCGGCCAAGUUGAUUCUGCCGGCGUCAACAUGGGCAACCCCGGCGAGCAGACCAGCUCCAUGGAGCCCUACGAGAUGAUGUCGGCGUUAGUUGAAGAGGCUCCUUUCCGGCGGCCGCUCAUGUUCGCCUCCAACACCUCCGACCUCUAUCCGAUCUUCUCCAUCGCCCAGUGCACCUCCGACCUCACCUCCGCCGGCUGCCAGCGCUGCCUCGCCUCGAUCUUGAACUCCACGCGGAUCUGCUGCCUCAGCCAAAAGGGCUGGCGCUAUCUCUCACCGAGCUGCUGGAUCCGAUACGAGGCCUCCCCCUUCUUUUCCGUCCCCGGUAAAACCGAGAUCAUCCGCAGUCGCUGCUCCGCCGACGACUUCCCUGCCGCCCUUCUCGCUUCCGAGCAGUCGAACCUCCAAACUGCAGUCGCCGAAUUGGAAUCCAACGCCAAUUCGAGAGGCUUCUACAACACCACGACAGGCGAUCAGAGAGUUGGUGAUUUAUUUGGCCUUGCGCUCUGCCGGGAAGACCCCGCGGCGCUGCCGAACAACGCGUGCACCGGUUGCCUACACAGAGCCAGGACCGCCAUCGCGGGCGAGUGUCCGAACAAGACGCAGGGGAUCAUGUGGUACGCCGACUGCCUCUUGCGGUACUCGAACCAGAGCAUCUUCAACGUCGUGGACGUCGAAGGGAGAACCUUUUGCAGCGGGGAUAGUGUCUCAUCGGACACCGACAAUAUAACUGUUACCGGAGCUUUGGAGCUCGUCGAAGCGGCGGUGGGCAGGGCGUCGUUGUUCGCUUCCGGCAUUAUCACGUUAAGCAACGCGAAUUCGAGCUACGUGACGGCGCAGUGCACGAGGGAUCUGAGCAGGGAGAAUUGCCGUAGCUGCUUGGGAAACGCGACGAGCAGGAUCGUGACGGAUUGCCGGCAGCGAAGAGGGUGGCAGUUCUUGUCCGGGAGCUGCAUGAUUAGAUACGAGGUGUAUCCUUUCUUUAACCAGACGGUGGCGACGAUAAUAACCCCCGCAGCCGCCCCUCCGCCGGCACCUGGCGGUGGCGGUAGAAACUCUUCGCGAGAAGGAGGACGCAGUAGAUCAUCAAAUGUUAAAGUCAUUGCAAUUGUUCUUCCAAUUGUGGCAGUAUUGCUCCUCCUUGGAAUGCUUCUCUUCCGUAGAUGGAAGUUGAGAAGAAAAAGAGAUCAUAGGAAACUUUUGGAUCAAGAUUUCAAAACUCGAGAGAUGUUCUUGUUUGAUUUCGACACCAUAAAAUUGGCUACUAAUAACUUUUCCAAUGAGAACAAGCUCGGGGAAGGUGGAUUUGGACCUGUUUAUAAGGGAGUUUUGCGUGAUGGAUCAGAAAUAGCAGUCAAAAGAUUGUCAGAGAAAUCCAAACAAGGCCCAACUGAGUUCAAGAAUGAGGUGAAGCUGAUCGCAAAGCUUCAGCACAAGAAUCUUGUGAGGAUGUUGGGAUGUUGUGUGGAAGGUGAAGAAAAGCUACUAAUCUAUGAAUUACUCCCCAACAACAGUCUCGAUGCCUUUCUGUUUGAUGCGAACAAGCGUGCACAGUUGAAUUGGGAGAGAAGGUUUCUGAUAAUCUCAGGGAUCGCAAAAGGCCUUCUGUAUCUCCACGAAGACUCACUUCUGAAGGUCAUACACAGAGAUCUCAAAGCUAGCAACAUCUUGUUGGACAAGCACAUGAAUGCCAAGAUAUCAGACUUUGGCAUGGCAAAGAUUUACAUCACUGAUGAAAAUGUCGUCAACACGAAUCGAAUUGUUGGAACUUUUGGAUAUAUGGCUCCGGAGUACGCCAUGGAUGGAGUUUUUUCAGUGAAAUCAGAUGUGUACAGCUUCGGUGUUCUCCUCUUGGAAAUCAUAAGCGGCGAAAGGAACGGAAGAGCACAUCUCGAGCAACACGGGCAGAGCCUUCUCAGAACCGCAUGGGAUCUGUGGAAGGAAGACAAGGCUAUCGAAUUCAUCGAUCAAUCGCUCAGGGAUCAUUGCCCGGUCGGUGAAGUAGUGAAAUGCAUCCACAUAGGGCUGUUAUGUGUUCAGGAAAAUGCUGAAGAAAGACCCACCAUGUUUACAGUGGUUGUCAUGUUGAGAACUGAAAAUACUGAGCUACCUUCGCCUGGACAACCACCAAACUUCUUAAGGAAGACUCCUGAAGCGGAUGCAUCGUCUUCGUCGCAGAGCCCAACUCCGUCAGUUCUUCAAUCUAUCAAUGAGGUCACGGAGUCUGAGCUUGCUCCAAGAUAGUCUGAGCUUAGUACCGUAUGAAAACAUAAGAAAGAGAUGAAUCUAGAUAGAAUAAGAUAGUGAAGUUUAAGUGCUAAUUAAGAUAUGUGAUUAGCUGAACAAUUAAAUUUCUCUCUUGAAAUGAUUGUUAAGAUGCAGUAAUUGAUUUUGGUGUAAAAGUUCAUAAUAUCAGACUUUUUCUA